AGCCAGCAAGCUGACUAAAUGUGCUAGCCGGGUGCAUGCUAGCUAGCUUCACCGAGAGCUUACUCCCGAAAGUUAGUUGCAACAUGAGGAUUCUAGAUUCUGUGGACAAAGGGUCAAAGGAGUCAGCAGCAGCAGCAGCAGCAGCAGAAAUGCUGUCUAGCUACCGACUAUCAGGGCUGUACAGAGGGGAGGCCAGGUUCGAGCUUCACUAAAUCGGAUCCGGUAGACUUGUACGAUGCACCAACUCGAUAUCUUCUGCUCGGCUCACUGGAUUCUCUCUAAGGGUUGACAUGCAUCAGCUAUGAGUCCUACUGGUUGCUUGCUUGCCCCAGCCGACACCACCAUCAACACCAUCAUCCUCGACCCGAUGAAGUUGAUCGAGCUCAGCCAGCCCCUUGGUCAAGCGAGCUGGAGCUUGAGCUUGAGCUGGAGCUAGUCAUGAUGCAACUUUCUCUCUAGGUGCUGCUGCUGCAGGGACGAGGCGUGGAGACGUGCAGGUCCAAAACUCGGCCGCAAUGGUGGGCGGUGGCUGCAGCAGCAGCUGGGACGCCCACCAGUGCAGCCCGAGGUGCCAUACGCCCACAGUUUGCAAGUGGUGUCCCCUGACAAGCCCUUUCCGGUUGUGGGCGACGGAGUGAGUGAGUGAGUGAGUCUAGCGCCAACGACCUCCACGAGUGUAGGCCUCGUGCAACUGUACUUGCAACUCGAGCGUGCAGAUGUACAAGAAUUUGGCGUGUCAUAUUCUGAUUCCUUGGUAGAAGCCACGGAUGGACGGAGAGAUGGUUGGUUUUGGGAGCCUCGGGUCCGUCUUCAAAUUCGGCUUCGAUUUCAUGGACAAUGACCAAUAGUGUCCCCGCAUUUCAAUGACAUGCGGACGUAGUCAGAUUCAUUGACCAAAUGUCUGCGAGUAUCUGUGGGCGGCAUGCAAGCACACACUCUCUAGUAUGCUCUCCAGCUUCCCAUCGUCUGUAUUUACUCGGCCGAGCUUCCUUCCUUCCUUCGACACAGCCAUCGAAGAAAAACAUCAGCAUCGAAAUCUUCAUUCUCAUGGGCCCCACUGGAGUUAGAGGAGCACGGAAUUCAAGUACCCCGCAGCAAAUCAUCAAGUCUCCUGUCUCACGCCUCAGCCUCAGCUCCGUCUUAAUUGUCGCAAAUUCAGAAAACCCAUGGAAGUGGUUUCCUAUACGUACUACUGCUCUUUGAUGCUCAUCAGCUCGAGGGAAAGACAUACACCUGAUGUUUACGGAUUCAUGAAGACAGGCAUACGUCCGCAUGAGACUGCAGGACCCCCUCCAUUGGCUCCAGCUGCGCAUGGACUCGAAUGCGGAGGUUCAUGUGGAGGAGCAGGCAGAAGUGAGUCGCACCUGGAAAUCACUUGGGCUCUGUUAUGUCCAGUUCUGGAUGCCAGAGGUGGGAUUUAAUUUCAGCCAUGGUGUACACAUACGGCAGGAUCGUCUUUGGCAAUAUUUGGAGAGAGAGGGAGGGGCAGAGAGAAAGGGGUGGGGGAGGCAGACAGACAGACGGAAAGACGUGUGUAGACUGGCGAGGCAGCAGGAGGAGGAGUAUCGGCAGCAGCAGCAGAAGACGAGCUCGCUCGCUUGCAAUGCCGUGUAUUUUACAGGACGAACAUCCGAUUGUGCACCACCAUAAAGUGGGCCUCAUCCCAUCGUGCGUCCGUCUCGAGAUGCGGGCCUGGUACGACAGCGAGACUUGAUGGUUGUUUCUUUGGCUGUACCGAGAUGAAGUUCCUCUCGCCCAGCUUCGUUUAUGACGAUGUCACGAGUCAGAGAAGAGCUCUUCGAUCUAGGAAACUUCUUCCACCCCCCACCCGCAACUCCAACUCCCCCCUUCCCCAACCCCCUCCGACUUUUUUAGAAACCUUCUUCUGAAGUUGUCUCGAAUUUAUUAGACCCCUCUCUCUUUUUCUUUCUCUCUCUCUCUCUCUCUCUCUCUCUCUCUCUCUCCAUAGCUCUGUGUCGGACUUCUCCACACCACUCCCAUUCCCCUACUCACUGGCUGGCUGGUUGGUUGGCUGGCCAAUCUGUUGCAGCAGCUGAUGCUGCUGGCUCUUGCUUGCGUGCAUGCCCAAGACCGGUACAGCUGGGCAUGUGGAGGAGAAGGGAGAAAUCCACUCGGGUCCCGAGUGUGGAUUCACCAGUUGAGCGAUUCCGUGUUUUUCACGUAGACAUUCCUUUCUGGACUCGGUGGCUGAUGCAGCACACAGCGGAUAAGGGCCAGGUGGGCGGAGCUAUCUCAUGAUCAGGUACCAUGCAGCUGGAUGACGACUAGUGAUGCUUGUUGCAUCGACCAAAGAUGCUUUGCAUACAGACGAUCGAAACAGAGAGUCGGACAUUUCAUCCAUGGAGCUUUACAUGCUAGCAAAUGCAUGCGCCGGCUGGACAUCCUCGAUUGUACAGACACAGCCAG